AUGGUUCAAGUCAAGCCUUUCGAGGUGGAGGAGUGGAUGGAUCGCCUGGAAACCACACCAGGAGCCCUCAAUCUUGCCGAGACCUGUUGCGAGUCAGUGUCUAUUCAAGAACUCACUCAGUUAUCUUCCGACCCUACCGUUCCCGGCCCGCUUGACAUAGCAACCAGACGACUCACCUAUGGCGCAAUCUAUGGCUCGGAAGAAACGCGCCAAAACAUUGCCAAUCUGUACCGAGAUGAAGCUUCGGGAGACCUUCCCAGCGACCAGGUUGUCGUCACUCAAGGAGCCAUAGUCGCCAACUUCCUUCUCCUGUACAGUCUGGUCGGCCCAGGUGAUCAUGUCAUCUGCAUCUACCCCACGUACCAACAGCUUUACGAAGUCCCCAAGAGCCUUGGGGCAGAGGUCACUCUGUGGAAGACGAAGCCAGAAAACCGAUACAUUCCCGACGUUAAGGAGCUUGAGGGUUUGGUUCAAAAGAACACAAAGAUGAUCAUCAUUAACAACCCAAACAACCCUACUGGAGCGACAACGCCAAAGCCAGUCCUGCUUGACAUUAUCGACUUCGCCAAAGCUAGGGGCAUCAUCGUCAUGGCGGACGAGGUCUACCGCCCUCUAUUCCACAGCCUGCCUGAGGGGGAACCCGUUCCCCCAUCCAUCCUGUCCCUGGGAUAUGAGAAGACGGUCUCCACAUCUACCAUCAUCGACGCCAUCAAGAGCGCUCGUAACUACACCACAAUCAGCGUUUCGCAACUGGACGACAGAGUGGCAGGUUACGCGCUCUCAGAUGCGGUGAGGCCGAACCUUCUGAAGAGGAACAUUGAGCUUGCGAGAACCAACCUUGCUCUCGUUGAGGAUUUCAUCAACAAGCACAGUUCUUCCUGCUUCUGGGAGAUCAAACCCACUGCUGGCACCACUGCCAUGAUUGGUUUCAAGAGAAACGGCAAGCUUGUGAACGAUGCCGAUUUCUGCCUGGAGAUUCUAAAGGCCACCGGUGUUCUUGUCAUGCCUGGCUCAACCUGCUUCGGGCAAGGGGUCGAGUUUGAGGGGCAGAUGCGGUUCGGAUAUGUGUGUCGCACAGAUUUGUUGAAGGAAGGCUUGGAAAAACUGGGCAAAUAUCUUGAAGAAAGGUCGUGA